UUGAGUAUAAGUCAGAAUUUUCGCGCGAGGUGGUAAAGAAAUGUAGUGUGGUAACAUUCUCAGCUAACCAGAUUCAAGAUUUUAUUAGCGGUUUAUAUACACCGUUUCACUACGUUCCUG